AGUUCUUAGUACUUAAUGUGCUGAGAUGUGGAGAAAAUUUGCCGUAGAGACAAAUAACUCCAGAAAUCCCCUUAUAACAAUUCCACGGAUAAUACAAUUAAAAGACUAUUAGUCCUAAACGAUGUUGUGGGCAGGUUACAGACAGAUUGAGUGCCACAGAUUCACUAAGCCAUAUCACAAACGUUAAUAUGAAAGUGUCCUUUGGUCAUAAAUAGGCUUAUCCAAAGUUUAUUUUGGCUAAUCUUUGCUCUCUCCCCCAGCUCUCUCUCCCUGUUUGUGUGAACGCGUCUCUCACUCUCUAAGAAUAAACCCAGGCUCCUCCUCUUUAUGAUAAUGUGACAGUAGCAUCUCCAGCUCGGAGACAAGCCUCCUCUCAUUCUGGCUCAACUAUGUGAUCUGUUUUUCUACACAGUUACCUUGUCUUCUGUCCUCUCCUCUUUUAUCUCCCCUCUCCUCCUCGGCACACUUAAUGCGCGCUACCCUCUUGUCAAACCAACAUUUGUUCAGCGAAGUUACUCUCUUCAGUAGUUUACUCUCAAGUUAACUUUCUUGGUCUUAUUCCGGGACAUGACUACCAUGGCAACUCCGGCUGCUCCGGCUCUGCUCCCCGCCGCUCCACUCGGUCACCACCCGGCUCCGAGCUCCGUCUCUCCGGCCACUAACUCUCCACCACCUGCCGCCACCUCCGCCGCUUCCUCCCCGGCUCCUCCAGUGGCUCACCCAGCGCUGCUGCAUCAGUUUCGGGCGGAGCUCCUACUCCCAAACGGGACACAGUUAAAGCCAGGAGGAGCCCCGGUGCCCAACAGCGCUAAGCCCGUGUAUGCCACGCCGUCGCCCGUUGAGAGCACGCCGCAGAACAACGAGUGCAAACUGGUGGAGGUGAAAGGUGCCAAGCUGGCUUCUUUCACCGUUAAAGACACUGAGCUCAUCUGCCUGCCACAGGCUUUCGACGUGUUUCUCAAGCACCUGGUCGGUGGGCUCCACACCGUGUACACCAAACUGAAGCGGCUGGACAUUUCCCCGGUUGUGUGCAACGUGGAGCAGGUCCGGGUGCUGCGAGGGCUUGGGGCCAUCCAGCCAGGGGUGAACCGGUGCAAACUUAUUUCCAGGCAGGACUUCGAGACGCUCUACAACGACUGUACAAACGCCAGUUCCAGGCCCGGACGACCGCCCAAGAGGCUGCAGAGUGUGACAGAGGGCGGGACUCACCACAUGCUGUCCCACAGCGGUCUGAUGCAUGCUGGGAUCAUGCCUCCUGCAGAUCUGUCUGCUCUGGCCAAGAAGAUCAAGCUCGAGGCGAUGGCCAGUUACCACAGUAACCAACAACAUGGCCGGCCAAACGGGGAGAAUGGUGACCACAACCCCGGACUGGUUCUGGAUCAGUUGCCCUUUAUGAUGAUGUCACAUCCCCUGAUUCCUGCCAGCCUGGCACCUGCCUCCGUUUCCAUGGCAAUGGGCCAGAUGAACCGACUGAGCACACUGGCCAGCAUGGCCAACGUGGCGCAGCUCAACGCCAAGCCCCCCGCUAGGGCUCCCACCUCCGUCAUUAAGGAGCGAGUGCGUGACAGCCCCUCUCCUUCUCCCUCACUGGAGGAAGCUCAGAUGUCAUCCAAUCACAGUAGCAGUGUGUCCAGCUCACCGUCUCACACAGAACGUACUGCAGAAACCACACAUCCACAUGAUGAUGGCAUGCUGUCAGGUCACAGUCUGCUGGGACAUUCCCCCAGCGUGGUCCAGGGGGCCAGAGAGGCGGACGUGACUUCACUGGAGUACAGCAAGGACAGCAAGAGGGGCCACAGUGACAGAGACAACAGCUCCAUGGCCACUCACACAAACAGGGAGAGCUGUGACAGACAAGCCUACCAGAAACCCCCGUCAGGCAGGGAGAGCUGUGAGAGGGUGUCUUACCCUGCGGGACAGAAGCUCCCAGCAGGUCUCCACCACGCUCCCUUUAUCUUCCCGGAAGGCUUGUCCUCCAUAGAGACCCUGCUCACGAACAUCCAGCAGGGUCUGCUGAGGGUUGCUAUAGAGAACGCCCGGGCACAGGAGAAGCAGGACCAGCUGGAGAGAACGGAGCUGAAGAUGGAGCUGGUCCGUGAGAGGGAGCUCCGAGAGACGCUGGAGAGACAGCUCAGCAUGGAGCAGAAAAACAGAGUUCUGAUCCAGAAGCGUCUGAAGAAGGAGAAGAGGAAUAAGAGGAGACUUCAGGAGGCUCUGGAGGAGGAGGUCAAACUGCGCGAUCAGGCGGAGCACAGCCUGCUUCACACUGCCAACACACACACAGGCCAUCAAUCAUCAGCGGUCCCUCCCCACACAGAAUCUGUGACCCAGGACGUGGAUCAAGGGAGCAACCACGAUGACAACAGGCUGGACUCCAAGGCGACAGUACAAGAGGGCAGAGUUUUCCUGCAGUCCACAGGGAUGUACUGAAAACAAGAAGAAAAGAAGACAAAAGUUUCUCCUUUAUGAGAAAUGAUGGCUCUAUCAGAGAUCUCUCGAGGAAUCUCCCUCACACAUUUCAUGGGUGAUGUUUGAACAUUUCCAUUGUUCUCCUUGUUUAAUUUAUUACAUUAAUUACAAAAUCUCAACUGUAGUGGGAACAGUUCUUUAUUCUGAUGAUGUUUUACACAAAGACUUGUUUCUUUCCAUCAAGGUUUUUCUUUUUUAGAUUAGAAGAUGACCAUAGUUGUUUUUGUCAGUGCUGUUUAUCUGGACACAUGAAUAAGAUGAAUAUACAUUGGAGCUGAGUUGUGUACAUAAAUAAAGUCAUCAUGUUUUUUUGUUUUUGUUAUUAUGAGGAAAAUAAUGGCAUGUUGUACAGUCAGUAAAUGACUUGUAUUGUGUAUGUUAUGCAGUAGUGCAGUUUGACAAUACAAACAAUACAAAUCCUUUUUAUUAAA